ACGCGCGGCCUCGCCCAUGGGGGCGGGGCACUCGCGGGGCUCAAGAUGGCGGCCGGCCGCUACCGGCGUUUUCUUAAGCUCUGUGAGGAGUGGCCCGUGGACGAGACCAAACGGGGCCGGGACUUGGGUGCUUACCUGCGGCAGCGGGUAGCACAGGCCUUUCGGGAGGGAGAGAACACCCAGGUCCAGGAGCCUGAGGUCUGCGACCAGAUGUAUGAGAGCUUGGCCAGACUGCACUCGAACUACUACAAACACAAGUACCCCCGUCCCAGAGACACAAGCUUCAGCGGGCUGUCCCUGGAGGAGUACAAAGUGAUCCUGUCCACAGACACCUUGGAAGAAUUCAAGGACAUGAACAAAGGUCUGUGGAAGAAGCUACAGGAGAAGUUCACCUCCCGGAGUUCCGACGAGAAGCACAAGGCCUGGACUGAGCCCUUAUCCCGCACGCGCACCUAAGCACGAGGACACGAAUGUGGCCACCGGAAAUAAAAUGGUCCUGAUUUCCUGUC